GUCAGCUGGGAUCUCCACGAGGAGAAUCACGUCUGCAUCACGACGGACAACGCGUCGAAUAUGGUGCUUGCUGCGCGGCUUAAUGAAUGGACGAGGCUCCAAUGUUUUGGCCACAGAUUACAUCUUGCCAUUGAAAAUGCACUCAAAGAUGACAGAGUGUCAAGGGCAACAGCACUGUGCAGGAAGCUGGUGGGGCACUUUUCCCACAGUUGGAAGAAGAAAGCAGCCCUGACGGAGGCACAGAGAGAGCUCAAACUCCCUGAGCACAACCUCAUAACGGAGUGCCCAACAAGAUGGGGUUCUAAAGAAAUGAUGAUUGCCAGAGUGCUUGAACAGGCCAAAGCCAUUUCUCAGGUAUUGUCUGGAGAUCGAUAUGCACGCUCCCUUAUCCCAACCUGGCAGGAUAUUGACGUGUUGGAGUCGAUUCACAAGGCACUGCAUCCUCUACUGGAGUUUACUGAUGCUCUUUCUGGAGAGGAGUAUGUAAGCAUCUCCUACCUCAAGCCAGUUCUCCACCUUUUUGCCACAUCAGUCCUGGCUGAAGAUGCUGAGGACACUGACCUGACUAAAUCAAUAAAAACCAAAGUCCUAGCAUACCUCAAUAACAAAUAUGGAGACCCAAACAUCCAGGAGCUUUUGGAUGUUGCCUGUUUCCUGGACCCUAGGUUCAAAAUACAGUACAUCAGUACAGACAACAUCCCUGCUAUCAAGACUCGUCUGAAGACAGAGAUAGUAGACUUGGCACAACGUACAUAUCAUUGGGAGAAGAGGUCUCGUACUGAAACUGUUCAGAUGCCUCAAAGUGCACAGUCCUUGGGGGAAAAGACGAAGAGGUCUCUUGGCAGUUUUUUCAAGACCAGUUCAGCCUCUCCUUCUUUGCCUGUAAAUCUUGAAGAUGUCGCAGAGGCAGAGAUAAACAAUUACCUGAUGACUCCUACCAUUGAUGGAGAAGAUGAUCCAUUGGCUUGGUGGAGGGUGCACAAGAUCAGCUACCCACAGUUGUGCACCAUGGCACGCAAGUAUCUUUGUGUACCUGCACAGCGCUCCCCUCAGAGCUUUGUCUCUGUGUGUUUGUCUCUAUGUUUUGUCUAUGUGGUGGAGUUGCUGGUGUUCACAGGGUUCAAGGGGUACAUCAAUCUCCCCAGGGAGACGCUGGCCAUGAGGGAGUAUAUCAACGAGGCACUCAUCGAGGGUCACAUCCGUCCCUCUACCUCACCAGCGGGCGCGGGCUUCUUCUUCGUGCGGAAAAAGGAUGCCCUCACCCAGACGAGCUUACGCUGCUUCGCCUGGACCCCGGAAGCGGGGAACGCAUUUGAUGCGCUUAAGCGGUGCUUUACAUCGGUCCUAGGGCAUCCUGAUCCAUCCCAGCCGUUCAUUGUGGAGGUGGAUGCUUCAGAUGUUGCGGUGGGAACAAUCCUGUCCCAGCGGUUCCUCACGGACGUCGAACGGGCAGAUGGAGCAAGUCAACCAGAAUCUGGAGGGGGUCCUGAGGUGCUACGCCUCCAGCAACCCAGCUACGUGGAGUCACCAACUGGCGUGGGCAGAAUCAACGGAGUGGAGCUUGGAGCCUUUAACGUUAACAGAACUGCGGGAAAGCAGUGUUCGGCAGGCGGGGACAAAGGACACUGUCUACCGGUGUCCUAG